AUGGACAGGACUUGGAUUGUGGAUGUUCCAUGGAUUGUGAAGAAUGUAAAAAAUGUGUCUGGAUCCUCAGAUUUACAGAUUAAAGACUGUGGAGCAUAUAUAGACUGUCCAAACUGCUAUAACCGGGUAGUGACUCCAUGGCCAGGCCUUCCUAAAGGUGUGAAGUUCAACCCAACCGAUGAGGAAGUGAUUGAGCAUUUGGAAGCUAAGUGUGGUCUCGAUGGCUCAAAACCAAAUCCUUUUAUCCAAGACUUUAUCUGCUCAGUAGAUGAUAUCAAUUACACUCACCCUCAAAACCUUCCAGGUGUGAACAAGAAUGGAACUAGUAGGUUCUUCUUUAACAAGACAGUGCAUGCAUAUCCAAAGGGAGAAAGAAAAAGGAGACGGAUCACACCGUCUGAUCUGACAGAUGCGUCAAUACGUUGGCGCAAGUCCGGUAAAACCAAACCAGUGAUGAUUAAUGGAGUCCAGAAGGGUUGCAAAAAGUUCAUGGUGCUCUACAAGAGCGCAAAGAAGGGAUCAAAACCUGAGAAAUAUAAUUGGGUUAUGCACCAGUAUCACUUGGGAAGAGAAGAAGAAGAGACCGGUGAAUACGUUGUUUCCGAGAUCAUGUAUCAGCAACAACAGCGACUGAAAAACAUUCCAGAAGCUUCUUUUGGCUCUACAUCGGACGAGACAGCUCAAGUGGAGAAGAGCCCUAAUUACUGGGUUUUCAACAUGGGUUAUGAACAAAACUGCAUGGCUUCAGAUUUGGAGAAUGCUUAUCUAGGGUCUCUCCCUGAUAUCCGUUCGCUUAAUGAAUUGUCUGGAAUGGAACUGAAACGUCAAGGUAAGGAUUCUAAAGCAGGAUUGUAA